UCUCCCCUUUAAUUAAUUAUAUCACCAUCUUUUUUUUUUUUUGAAAUGGUGAUUUCAACAACAUCAUCUGUUUUCAAGCCCAAAAUCACACUACUCAUCCUCUUCACAAUCAUCCUCUCAUUAUUCGCAACCACCUCUUUGGCGGACACAACCAUAACCGCGACAUGCGCGGCCAUCCACGAACAAGAGUCCCGUGUCGCAAAAUGUCAUUAUGUCAAAACAAACAUUGGAUGUGAGCCAGAAGGAUACAUAAAUUACCUCCAACUUUUUUAUUGUAACUUUUCGGAAUUUCCUCAACUAGGCUUCAUUUUGUUACUCAUAUGGCUAGUCAUUCUUUUUUACAUUUUAAGCAGUACCGCAUCCGAAUACUUUUGUCCCUCGGUCGAACACUUAUCAAACACAUUAAAUCUGUCACCGGCUAUCGCGGGUACAACUUUGCUUCCAUUGGGUAAUGGAGCAACCGAUGUUUUUUCUAGUGUCAUUGCUUUUACUUCAACUAGUGAUGGUGGAGAUAUCGGGCUAAGUAGUAUACUAGGCGGGUCGAUUUUCAUUUCGUGCGUUGUGGUCGGCGUGAUCAGUUUGUUAAUCGCGUAUCAAAAAAAAAUCGUCAAGGUAGACAGGCCUAAUUUCAUUCGAGACGUUGUUUUUCUUCUCAUUACUUUAUCGAAUGUCCUCGUUAUCAUUGUGGUGGGGAGAAUUAAUUUAUGGAUGUCACUUCUUUUUGUUUCGACCUAUAUUAUCUACAUUUUGGUGGUUUCAUAUAUGCAUUUGCAUAGUAUGAAAAAACAUAAGUUGAUACUUGAUGCCGAACAAUUAGCAGGCUUUAGAGUCCCGUUGAUUGGCUACAUCGAAGAGGAAAACGUCGUACAUCCUGCCGAAGUAGAUGAACAUUUUGAAGAAAAAACCGCGCCCACUACACACAAUCUAAAAUGGUGCAUCAAAAUGUUUUUCUAUGUAGUGAAGUUGCCAAUUCAUCUGCCAAGAAGGCUUACAAUACCGGUGAUAACUAAAGAUAGAUGGUCAAAGGCGUAUUUAGUGUUUUCGGUGGGAUUAGCGCCAAUCACGGUGGUGUUGAUUUGGAACACACAAUUUGGAAAUUUGGGAUUAAAAGCUACCACGGUGACAUACUUUGUGGUUGGGAUAAUUGGGAUAGGGCUAGGAAUUUGUACAUUUGUUUUCACAACUAGUACUAUCCCACCACAAAAGUGUUUGGUGUUUUGGUAUGCAAGUGGGUUCCUAAUGAGUGUUGCUUGGACAUAUGUAACAUGUAAUGAAUUGGUGUCUUUGUUAGAAUCACUAGGAAAUAUUAUAGGAAUGAGCCCUUCAAUUAUAGGGCUCACUAUCCUAGCUUGGGGUAACUCAAUUGGGGACCUUGUAGCCAAUGUGGCUAUAGCUAUGUAUGGUGGCCCGGACGGGACUCAGAUCGCGAUGUCGGGUUGUUAUGCUGCACCGUUGUUCAAUGUGCUUAUCGGUUUGGGGUUCUCGUUCGUGUUUGUGUCGUUUUCAAACUAUCCUGCUGCAUAUGUCAUUCCAGAAGACCCUUAUUCGUGUGAAACGAUAGCUUUUCUGAUGACCGGUUUGCUCUGGGCUCUCGUGAUCUUGCUUAAGAGGGAUAUGCGACUUGAUCAUACUCUCGGAGGUGGACUCUUGGUGAUAUACUCGUGUUUUUUGUUCAUAAAGCUUGCAAGGGCUCUUGGAUUGCUUAGUACUUAUUCUGGAAUAGGCUUGCUAAAUUAUUAAUUUGUAAGUAUAAUAACGUAAAUUAAUUUUUUUUUUAAUAUUAAUUAGAGGUUUUUCCUUACAUUAGUAAUAACUGUGUGUAAUCAAGAUUGUUUCAUGAACAAAUGGAAAGUGUUGAUUGAACUUUAGUA